AAUUUGUCAUCGCUAUUUGGUUUCUUCAUCUCCUCCAAAAAAGAUUUGUGUUGUGAUUAAAAAAUAUAUUUCCAUUCAUCCAAAACAAUAUCCUAAAUAGUUUAUCCCUUAAAUUAAUUACAUAAAAAGAAUAUAAAAUCCUUUAAAAAUGGAUUGGCUAUUUGGUAAACGUAUCUCACCCGAAGAAAUGAUGAGGAAAAAUCAACGAGCCCUAAACAAGGCGAUGCGUGAUUUGGAUCGCGAACGUAUGAAAAUGGAGCAACAAGAGAAGAAAAUCAUUGCCGAUAUCAAGAAAAUGGCCAAGGAAGGCCAAAUGGAUGCUGUGAAAAUCAUGGCCAAGGAUUUAGUUCGCACCCGCCGCUAUACAAAGAAAUUCAUGCUUAUGAAAGCGAACAUUCAAGCUGUGUCGCUCAAGAUACAAACAUUGAAAUCUCAGAAUACUAUGGCACAAGCUAUGCAAGGUGUGACGAAAGCUAUGCAAAGCAUGAACAGACAAAUGAAUCUUCCCCAAAUUCAAAAGAUCCUCCAUGAUUUCGAGAAACAAUCGGAAAUUAUGGACAUGAAGGAAGAAAUGAUCAACGAUGCCAUGGACGAUGCGAUGGAAGAUGAAGGUGACGAGGAAGAGACUGAUGCUGUUGUUUCUCAGGUACUUGACGAACUAGGUCUUCAAUUGAACGAUCAACUGAGUGACCUGCCAACUGCGUCGGGUUCCUUGUCGAUAGCUGGUAUUAAGCAGAAUCAGCCAGCUGCUGUUGCGGCUGGUGGGGUUGGCGGUGGAGCAUCGGGCGGCGGAGAUAGUGGUGGGGCAGCUGGUGGAACAGGUGGUAAUACUUCACCUAUGUCAGAUGCUGAUGCCGAUUUGCAAGCUCGCCUCGAUAAGCUUCGAAAGGACUAAAAUCAGCUGGCAAUUGAUUAGAUUAUUCCAUUUAAUUUUGUUUUUUAUUUGUGAAAAUCUUGAUUAUUUUUGUUCUUCUGAUUUUCAUGUUAUUUCUUUAAUUUACUGCUUUUUCUUUUGAGAAUAUUCAUGGAAAGCUUCUUAAAUCUAAACACCAUUUUAUACGCGAUCUGAGGUAUGCAAUACCUUGUUGUUACUCUACGAAUAAAAGUAUUUUAAUUGCUCACCAAAAGAUUUAAGAUUUUAAACAA